AUGACAAAAAAAGACAAGAAGGAAGUAAAAGUGCAAACAGUUACCACGGAGGAUGGUGAAACCGUUAAGGUUUUUGAAGAUCUGCAGGGUUUUGAAACAUUCAUUGCCAAUGAGACUGAAGAUGAUGAUUUUGAUCAUUUGCACUGUAAGCUGAACUACUACCCACCAUUUGUGCUACACGAGUCGCAUGAGGAUCCUGAAAAAAUUAGUGAUUCUGCAAAUUCUCAUUCCAAGAAGUUCGUGCGUCACCUGCACCAGCAUAUUGAAAAACAUCUUUUGAAAGAUAUUAAGCAAGCCGUUAGGAAACCUGAGCUUAAAUUUCAUGAAAAAUCGAAGGAAGAAACUUUUGACAAGAUCACCUGGCAUUACGGCGAGGAAACGGAGUAUCAUAAUAGACCUUUCAAGAUAGACGUUAAAGUAGUUUGCACGCAUGAGGAUGCCAUGGUGUUCGUCGAUUACAAAACACAUCCUGUAGCCGCAAAUUAA